UCUCAGAAAAUGACAUCAAAACCUAGGCAAUCAUCAAUCUAAACAACCGAAAGAGAAGACCCAACAAGUUUUCUAAGAAAACACCACCCCCGCUGCCACACAACCGCCACCGCCAUGGGUGGCAAGAUGAUAACCACCUUCAUAGCCAUAACCACCUCCUUAUCUUUCUACUUCCUUUCAACCCCACCAAAAUCCCACUACCACUCGCUCUUCAUAUCUCCGCCAUUCUCCGACAACACCUCCAUAUCAAACCACCUCUUCACGCUCACGCGCCGCCCUCACCUCGCCGGAACUGAAGCCAACGCGGAGGCUGCUUCCUACGUCUUAUCAACUCUCUCCUCCAACAACAUCAAAUCACACCUCUCAGAGUACGCCGUCCUCCUCACCUACCCUGAUUCCCGUUCCCUAACACUAACCCGCCCCUCCCCAGACCCACCCAUCACUUUCGCCCUCCGCCAAGAAACAUACAACGGCGACCCCUACGCUGACGUGGCAGACCAAGUGGAACCCACAUUCCAUGCGUACGCAAAGUCAGGUACAGUGAAGGGACACGUGGCGUACGUGAACUACGGACGCGUGGAGGAUUAUAAAACUAUUAAAGAUCUCGGGAUUAAUAUAUCGGGUGCUAUUGUGCUUGCGAGAUAUGGGGAGAUAUAUAGGGGAGACAUCGUUGAGAAUGCGUAUGACGCUGGUGCUAUAGGUGUGUUGAUUUAUACCGAUAGGAAAGACUACGGUGGUGGUGGUGGUGGUGCGCGGUGGUUUCCGGAGGAGAAGUGGAUGCCGCCGAGUGGUGUGCAGGUGGGGUCGGUGUUUAAUGGAGUGGGUGACCCUACGACGCCAGGGUGGCCUAGUGUUGAGGGUUGUGAGAGGUUGUCCGAUGAUGACGUGGAAAAGGGAGGAGAUGUUCCGUUGAUACCUUCGUUGCCUAUAUCGGGAGCUGAUGGGGAGGAAAUUUUGAAGUGUAUAGGUGGGGUGGUGGCUGAUGAGGAGUGGCGGGGUGACAAAGAUGCUCCGGUUUAUAGGAUUGGACCGGGUCCAGGAAUAAUAGACCUCACUUACAAGGCAAAACAAGUGAUAAGCACGAUUCAGAAUGUAAUAGGGAUAAUUGAAGGAGCAGAGGAACCUGAUAGAUUUGUAAUCUUGGGGAAUCAUCGAGAUGCUUGGACAUUUGGGGCAGUUGAUCCCAACAGUGGCACUGCUGUUCUACUCGAGGUGGCAGAAAGGUUCCGGAAGCUACAGAAAGAAGGUUGGAAGCCUCGAAGAAGUAUCAUCUUUUGCAAUUGGGAUGCAGAGGAAUAUGGACUGAUUGGAUCAACAGAAUGGGUUGAAGAAAACCGAGAAAUGUUGGCUUCAAAAGUUGUUGCUUAUUUAAAUGUUGAUAUUGCGGUUUCUGGAGCAGGGUUUAAGGCAUCUGCAACUCCACAACUUGAUCAGUUAAUCAUACAAGCUACAAAACAGGUUAAAGACCCAGACAACUCAUCACAAACUGUCUAUGAAUCCUGGGUUCAAACCACCGAUUAUCUUAAGAUUGGAAGGUUAGGAGGUGGAGGAUCAGAUUAUUCAGCAUUUGUACAGCAUAUAGGUGUUCCAUCAACAGAUAUAUCUUUUGGAGGAGGCUACCCAGUGUACCACUCCAUGUAUGAUGACUUUGUAUGGAUGAGUAAAUUUGGUGAUCCAAUGUUUCGUAGACAUGUGGCAGCGGCAAGCAUUUGGGGUUUAGUAGCUCUACAGCUUGCAGAUGAUGAGAUUUUGCCUUUUAAUUAUGAUUCAUAUGUAUAUGAGCUUCAGACAAGUGCUGAAGAUUUGGAAAUUGAGUUAUUGGAUAAUAAGGGCAUAACCCUUGUCCCCUUGUUCAAAUCUAUUGAAAAAAUGAGAACAGCAGCCAUACAAAUAAACAAUGAAAUCAAGGUUGAAUUCCAGGAAAUAAAAGAAAAACAAAAUAAAAGGUGGGCAUCAUUGUCAUUGAUAUGGAAAGAGAAAGAUGAUGAAGCAUGGAAAGUGAGAGAAAUGAAUGACAGAUUAAUGAUGGCAGAACGAGCACUUACAGAUAGGGAAGGACUCCCUGGAAGACCUUGGUAUAAGCAUCUGAUAUAUGCUCCAUCAAAGCAUGAUGAUUAUGGAUCAAAAUGCUUCCCUGGAAUAGACGAUUCCAUUGAAAUUGCAAAGAGCCUCAACACUCAAGAAUCAUGGAAUUCAGUACAACAUGAAAUUUGGAGAGUCUCAAGAGUAGUCACACAGGCAUCACUAGUUCUUUGUGCUCAACUAACAUAAUAUAUAAAUACUGCUGU